UUGAUUUGAGAAAAAAGAAAUAAUUUGGAAAUAAUAGCAUAAUUUUGGAUUACGGUGCUGUUGCGAAGCUGUGUUUCCAUUCAUAGGAGUUAGCAAUUUGAUAGAAAGCAUCAUGGAUGAGGGAGAUUCAACUCUCAGGCAGCAGUUUCAAGUUCUACAGGAACAACAGCAGAAAAAACUGAUGCGAAUGAAACAGAGACAAGAGGGCAAGGUGGCAAAGAAGGGUGCUUCUUCCAAAUCAGAAGAUGUCAAAGGUGGUGAAAGUCACUUGAAUGGAUUUGGAGUGCAGGAUGACUUGUGCUUGAAGCUGAGUGAUCCAGUAACAAAGAAUGCCAUGUACCAGGAACACAUGAAUGAGGAAUUAUCUGAUAACAUUAGGGAGUUAAAAGAUGAGACUGGGCGGCUGUAUAAACUUCUCAGUGAAAGGGACUAUGAAAUCAGGAAACUUAAAAAACAAAGGGAGCAGGACAGACUCGCUUUAGGAGGAGGUGGGGUUGCCAAUGAGAGUGCUGCCACAAGAAUUGUGGAGCUCUCCAAGAAAUCUCGAGAGCUGACAUCGGAGCUUGAGAGUGAGAAGACAAAGAACAGACAACUUACCCGAAAGGUCCGGGAUCUGGAGAUAGAGAUUAGUCGAGGUUCUAGUAAGCCAAGACCACCAAGCCCUACAGAAGAACAGGCUGCUGCAGUACAGGCUGAGCUGAAGGCAAGUCAGGAUAAACUCAGCCAGGCCAAUGCUAAGAUGGGUGAAUAUCGUACACAGAUAGCCAGCAUGAAACAGGAACUCAAAGUAUGUCAUAAGGUCCUUAGUAAUGAGAUUGGAGACAAUGUAAACAUCCAGUCAUUGCUCAACCAGCCUAGCGGAUGGAAGGGUCGAGCUCAACAAAUACUAUUGCUUCAAAAGAAGGUUGAAAGGUUAAAGUCGCAAACCAACCAGGUACAGAACAUGAGACCUGAUACAGAACUUAGCCUUGAGGAUCGUUUUAUGACCAUGGACAUCACUGAAGAUGGUCUUAGCAUGUCUCCCCUUUCUGCACCAGUACAGAGGACCAGUAAGCCAUCAAUUGAUGAGAAACAGAGAAACAGGGUCAGACAACUGGAGAAAGAAAAGAGAGAAGCAAAAGAACGAGUGAGUAAUGAACUGAAAGCCUUGGAAGAAGACCAUGGUAGGUUGAAGAACAAGAUGGAUGCCUGCAAAGCUCGUAACAAGGUUCUCUCAGAAGAAAUAAAAGGCCUCAAACAACAGGUAGCUAGAUGCAUGGAUAAAGGCAAACAUGAUGAUGAACUCAUUGAGGCCCUUUUGAAACAACAGAGCCAGUUGAAGCAGUCAUUGGACGAGUUGGGUAACAAAGAAAAGCAGAAUGUCGAGCAGCGGGUACGUGAACACCACAACCUACAUCAACAUGCACAGAGGGAAGCUAAUGCCAUGGAGCAGCUCCGUAUCAUCGUCAUGGAGAAAGAGAAGAAGGUCAAGGCUUUAGAGGAGGAAAUUAUCGAGAUGAGAAGACAGAAACAGCAAAUAAAUGGUCUUGAUAGACCCCCUUCAAACCAGGGUUUCACUCUUGGUACCAGACCCCCAUCAAGCCAAGGCUUUGUCCUGAAUCCAGCAGCCACACCCAUCAACAGACCUCCAUCAUCAAACGGAAGGAAGACCCGUAUCAUCACCAAUACCUCACCAGCACCUCCUCCGUCAAGACAAGGAUCACGCACGUUAUCUCAGAUGAGUAAUCGUAGCGGUUCCAGACAGAGUAUCGGUGAUGCAGACUUACCUCCCAGAGGCUCCCCAUUGCGCUCUGUCCGCCCUGCAAGCACAGGGAGUCUGGCGUCAUCAUAUUCCCAUGAAGCAAUCGACUCACUGAAGUUACAGUGCCAAGAGCUUCAGUCACUUAGCCAAGCAGCAGAUGUAGAGAGAGAGAAGCUUCUUGAAUUGGUUGCUGUUCUUCAGAAAAGACUCGAAGAAAGCGCAACAAAAGCAGCUGAUUCCCAGAACAACCUCCAUGAGCUGAAACAGAAGAAUGUUUGGUUAGAAAAACAACUUGGUAGAGCCAAAAUGGAAAGUGGAAAAGGUGGAAAAACAUCUUCAGCGCUCAUUAUGAAUAAAUCUUCAACAGGAUUACUAGGGGUGGAGGAAUUACUAAAAGAUGGCAUACCAAUCUCUCAAGACUCUAUUGACUCAUUACAGCAGAGACUUGCAAUCCAGGUUGAUGAGAAUGAUGCAUUAAAGAUUGCUCUACAGAGUACGCUCAAGGCCAAAGAAGAAGACCUUAAACUUUAUCAUCAGAUGAUGGAUCAGACUAAGAAGGUCUUUCUACAAGGACUCAGACAGUUUAGACAGACCAGUAGUACCCAACAGCAGUCUAGCUAACAAGAAUCCAACUUAAAGGGGUACACAAGGGUGAAUAUAAGCUGUAGAAAUAGAGCUUGAUUAAACAAACAAAAUAUCUAUUAGAAUCAGGCAAAAGAUAAUGAAGCUAUUGGAUUUCAAGGAUUGUAUUUAUUUCAGUGAAACAGUUCUAUGCACGUUGCCAUGCAUAUGCAAGGAGUGAGCUGGUAAUCUCAUGCCCCUAGUCCUUUUAUUUUUAUUUUAUUAAUUCAAAUUUCAUUUUUGUCUCACCUGCAUAGCAGACUGGGACUUUAGGCGGCACUUUUCUUGCGACAGCAGUCGCAUCAACAUCAAAUCUUAUUCAAAGGUUAAGUCUUUUAAUUAACAACAUAACUUAGAAAGUAUAUGAACAAAGUUCAUGAAACAUGGACAUUAGCUUAAUCAAGUAUUACUGAACAUCCUGCUUGAGCUUUAGGUCACAUGAUUGAGGUCAAAGGUCAUUUAGGGUCGAUGAACUUAGACUGUGUUGGGGGAAUCAACAUCAAAAUCUUAACCUAAGAUUAAGUUUUUGAAAUGUCAUCAUAACUUCGAAAGUAAAUGGACCUAGUUCAUGAAACUUGGCCAUAAGCGUAGUGAAAUAUUACUGAACAUCCAGCCUGGAUCAAUGAAUUUUGGUCAAGUUGGGGGAAUUUGUUGAAUUGCCAUCAUAACUUUGAACCUUCAUGGAUCUGAUUCAUAUAACUUGGACAUAAGAGUAAUCAAGUAUCACUGAACAUCCUGUGCAAGUUUGAAGUCACAUGCCCAAAGUCCAAGGUCAUUUAAGGACAAUGAACUUUGGCCAUGUUUGAGGUAAUCAUUAAAUUGCUGUCAUAACUUUCAAAGUUUAUGGAUAUAGUUUAUGAAAUGUGGACUUUAGUUUUCAAAGUCAGCACUGCUGCUAUAUUGAAUCGUGUAAUGCAGGUGAGACUGUCAGAGGUGCUCCACUGGUUUCAUGAAUCAUCUCCUUUGUAAUAUAAAUGUGUGACAAUAUUGAGGAUGUUAAGUAUGAGAUUGUCAGUCUAUCAAAUUUCAACAUUAUUGGAAUAAUUUAGAUUUUCUGAUUUUGUGAAUAAAAAAUGAAUGAAAUGAAGAAAAAGUAGGGAGACAUCACCAGCUUGUUCAUUACAUAUCCAUGAUAACAUGCAUUGAAAUGUUAAAGUGGAAUUACUUUUUUUUUAAUAGUUAUUUUUCAUAGAUUUUGAAUGGUUUUUCGCUGUCUUUCUUGUUUGAUUUUACUCUAACCUUUUAAGUCUUAUAUUUUCAGCCUAGGGUACCCUUUUAAUCAUUGUUUGCAUCUGCAGUGUUGGAUGAAUAUACUUUUGUUUUGUGCAAUUUAAAGUGGCUUGAAUUUUUUAUUAAAAUGUAUCUCUUUUUUUGUUGAUUUGACUAAUACCUCAGCCAAACAAAGUUUGAAAAGGGUGCAAAUGAGUUAUGUGAUUAACAGGUGGCUGGAUGUUCGGUCCAUCCAUCCGUCUGUCAUUCCAUCAGUCUGUAGUAAAUCUUGCAGAUCAAGUUUCUCCCUCAUUUUUAGAUUAUGUACAUGUAAUUUAGCAGACACAUUGGUCUUACAAUGGAUAUGUGCAAGACUUGUUUUUCUUUGAUGCUUGUAAAACUGCAUUUCUAUGUUGAUAGCAAUAUGUGAUUUUUAGUGAUCAUUGAAGAUCUGCUUGAAGGACUGACUUCAAACUUUGUUUAUAUUUACACAUAUAUAGGAAAGCCAAUGAUCUAUAGUUUGGGGGAAUGGCUUGUUCUUGUUAAUAAUUUAAUCUCUAGAUCAACAAUAUAAUUACACCCAGAUUGAUUUCAUGGUUUUCUGAACUCAUUGAUUCUUAAUCUGCAAGGAAACAGACAAGCUUAUUUUUCAAGCAGUGUGAAUGUCCCAGAAUAUGAAAUUUGUGUUCAUUGUUGUACACCCUUUAAAUGCAAAUAGAUAUCUGAAUGGAUAUCUGAACCGAAAGCUCUUUCUUUGUAGUUUCAGGGCUGGAAUCUAACACAUAUCCAUUUUCUAGUGAUUUCUGUCUCCAAUGCUUGUAUACAUCUCACAUUCUUUAUAGAGCUAAUCCUCCAUUUUCCAUGUCAAGGCAAAAUCAUCAGUUGGUUUUCUUCUUUUUCAACAGUUUGAAUCAUGCCAGCUGUGCUUGUGAUCUUUGGAAUCCUCUAUUCUAGUUUAAUCAAUAUCAAAUUUCACACUUCAUCUUUUCACACCUUUCUGGCUAGACACAGUCAAAUUUUGAGAAUAUCAGUAUAGAUAUUAAACUUGAAAGUAUUCAAGCAUACUAGCUUUAAUCAGGACUCUUUUUAUGAAGUUGUGUAAAAAAAAAGUGUACAGGAACCAGUAGCAAGUGUAAGGUUUCUUUGAGUUUCAUGGUAACAAGGAACAAUUGUUAUUAGUAUUGGCUGUGUUUUGGCGCUACUGGAAUUCUCUCUUUGUAUUUUGUUUACUUUUGCCUAGAAGGGGAUACCAUUGCACAGAGUCAAUAUUAUGAUAUUAAACAAUGGCUUUGGGGAUAAGAAUGUCUCAAUAACAUGAACACGGUAAGAAGAAAAGUGAAAGUUUGUGAAAACAAAUUUAUAACGUGAAACCUGUUUAAGAAAUAAGCUCAAUUUCACAUUCAGAAGAGGAAGGAAAGUUCAUGACAACAAAUUUCUAGAUAUGAAGCUUGUUUAAAGAAAAUACUCAAGUGAAAGGAUUACUGAACAUUAAUAGUACCAAGUACUCUCAUCCUUUUACCUUUUUUUAACAGUUUGACAAUGAUUCUCUUCUAAAAAUGUUUUCAAAGUAUGUGUACUAAACUUUACCUUGUGUAUUUGGAACAUCCUUCAUUCGCCUUAAAAGCUCAUUCAAAAUCCAUCUUAUGUGGGAUUAAAAGUACACCUGACCAACAAGUAAAGUUGUUUUUUAUGUUCAAGAGAUUGAAUUUUGAAUGUAUAAUUUGUGUAUUUCUUUUAAGAAAAUAUUAUGUGAAAGUUGUUUGAUAAUCAUAACAGUGACUAGUAAAUAAUAAAUUUCAGCUUUCUAUAAAAAGAAUAUAUACUGAACUGUGCAUUAUAUACUAAAAGAGAUUGAUUAUGGUAUCUAAUUAUAAUUUUUUUUUGGGGGGGGUGAGGGUACGAUUUAUCUCCAGAACAACAGAACCACAAACUGAUGAAGAAUGAUAUAAUUAAUAAUUGUAAUUAGUCUGCCAUACGUAGGCCAUCAUGUAACCUUGGUUUAUCCAAUCAUGGUAUAAUUUCCCAGAUUUUGGCAUGUAUGUUGGAAGUCAGACAAGUUGCUUCUUAAUUCAUGCAGUGCAUUUGUCCUGGGCUACGUGAUACAAACAUCAUAUCAUUCUUCGACCUUGGUUAAUUUCCAGCGACUCGACCUUGUAUAUAUCUAUACAUGUUCAUCUAUUAUGGCAUUUGUGGUUGUACAUGCUUUAUUACUUUCAUCACAAAGCUUUCUCUCAUUGCCUUUGUACGUAUUGUUUGUACUAUUUUCUAUGUAAUGUUACGUAUGAUUAAGUAUGCUGUACAUAUUCCAGUGAAUACAUGACUUAACAUCAUUACCAUGUGUCUUAUAGCCUUUUGUUCUUUGUAAUCAUGAAACUUUUAUCUGAUCAAUGAACUGGAUAUGUGGUGAUGAUGGAAAGUGGAGGAGAACGGAGGUAUUGUGAUGAACAACUGGAAGUCAUGCGGGCAAAAAUAACACGAGGACAAAUAGUUCAAGGCUUUUUCAUCAGAAUAAACUGAAAUGAAAUGCACACAAAUCUUGUCUUACUGUAGUGAUUCUUCUGGCAUAAUGCUAUGCAGUAAUAUUGAAAUUAUUUGAAGACAUCCAAACAGACAAAUGAAAUUGAAAAAAAUAUAUAAACUCUAUCAGAAACUAAUAGAAGCUCCAGUGAGAUGUAUUUCAAUGUAUUACUAGGAUUAUAUUUUAAAUUGAAAAUCUGGAUAUCAUGAAAAUAUUUUUGUGACAUUUUCAUCAUAACUACAAUCACCACUACCACCGUCACAAUCAUCGGCAUCAUCACUACCAUCAUAAUUAUCACUAACACUACCACUUCCACCAUAUAAUCAUCGCCAUCAUCACUACCAUCAUCGUCUUCAUCACUAACACCACCACUAACAUCCCUUUUCAGAGGAAUAAAAACAAAGUGAGCUGCAAGAUAUAGCCUUUACUUUAUUGCAGAAUAUCGUCUUCUAAUCCAAGGCAGUACAUUCACACUUACAUGUUUUGUGUUUAUACAACAUUUACCAUAACAAAAUAAAAACAUAUUCAAUUGAUCAUACUCAAAGCUAAAAUGGGGGCUUUCUUUUCAUCAGAAAAUAAAGUUGUGUUAUAUUAUAAUUAGGUGGUAAGGUGAUAAGAAAUCAUCAUCUUGGAACAUGAUUUUCCAAGACUCAAACUUCCAACGCUCAUGACCAAUCCAAGUAAUCCAUGUAAUCACUUCCUUGAGACAACUUGGGUGUUUGAUUGCUUUUAAGAAAAAUACAAUAAAUCAUGGAGAUAAAAGUACAUGUAAAAGAGGUCAUAAAUCAUGUUUAAACUCGCAUUAAACAAAACAUAUGAGGAGUAAGGUAUUAUUUGUAUUUACAUACACAUGUUUAAUUCAAUUCUUUAAAAAGUUUCUGUUGAACAAAAAUAUAUUUCAGUGACCUGUUGCCUCCAUACCAACAAUGUUUGGUCAUCAAGGACUCCUGAGGGUCGUAUUGUCAAAAUAAAAACAUGGAAAAUAAUAAAAUGUAAUAUCAAAGGAUAACGCUUAGCACAAAAAGAGCAGACAUGCUACAAACUUGAUAAUUAUCUAGACUAUCACAUGGGAAAUUAUUUCAUUAAUUUUAACUCCAAUGAUGUUUAAUUAUUUAUAACUGGUAAUUAACAUGUCAAAUAUAUCUCACUUGGAAAAGAGUACAAUAAAGUUACCAUUAUCAAAAAGAUAACUUUUCAUCGAUUUCCAAUUGUGAUUUUUAAAAUUUCAAAGCAGAAUAUAGUGCAUUAUUUUGAGUGAGAAUAUACUACAAAAUUCAAUUGUGGAUAUACCAGUAUAUACUAUCCAGUAUUUAAAUUGAAUAUACACUCAAAUACAAAAAAAUGGACAACACCUGUUGUACUUGUGAACAGUUGUUAAUUACAGUGUAUGUUGUAACCUAAUAUGCACGUUCAGCUGUCAUACAUAUGUUCAGUGGUCACGAGUGAUUCGAUAUGGAUUGCAGCAGAAAUAAAGCACGAAUAUGAAUCCUAGAAAAAAGUAGAGUGAAUUGUCUUUCUAGUGCUAUUUGCAAGAAAAGGAUGAUACCUGUCAGAUUUUGUUACACACAUGUUUAAAUCAGUGUUAGUAACUUCGCAAAAAAUGUUUCCAUAAUGCAACAAUAAAUCAUCUUUAUGUAAUGUUCAUGUCAAGCAAUACAAUCUAGAGUAAUAAAUAGAAAACACAGAUAAAUACUUGGUAGAAGACUUAUGAUUCAAGAGAAGAGUGAAGUAACAAUUGUGUUUUCUAUCUUUACAUAUACACUGACUAUAAAUACACAUAGCAUCAUAGAAAACAAAUCUACCAGAGUCAAAUGUCAACCAAACUCAAAAUGGACAAAUCAUUUCAUAUUUUGGAAUAAGUGAGCUGGUAGUGCAUUUCUUCAGACACAAGUGACACUAUGGUUUGCAAAUGAUUGCACCCCCCCCCCCAAAAAAAAAGCAAUGACUAAUCAACAUUAGCAUUGCCAUCUGCAUUUUCUUCAACAGACUGACCUUAACCAAUCUUUUUUUUUCAAAACACUUAUCCAUUGCAAGUUUUGCAACUACAGGAAUUAUUACUUCAAAUAUACUACUCCUCUAAAUUCAUACACAUUCUCACUAAUCAUUUAAAGAGAUGUUACAUAAAAUAACAAGUAAAUAUAUUGUUGCGAUAGACUUAAGAGCAAUGACAGAUUCAGCUAUUAAGAUUAAGUUUCAAAGUAUGAACACUGGCAUAAUUCAUACCAUUUUUUUUUCAUCAAACAUCUUUUUUUUUCUUUCUUCCUUUUUUUAUAAAGAUUUUCUUUCACUAGUACUUUCCUUUGAAAUGGUAUCAUACCAACUUAUCAAUUAAUUCAAAGUGAAAUAAAAGCUCUUGCCUAACAUCAAAUCGAACGAAAUCUUCUUAAAUAGUAUGAUCCUGUGUGAUAGACAAUGCUAGAUAUUUUACAUGCAGCUUGGUUUUAGAGUGGUGGCACCUUUAUAUCAUGAGUUGUAUUUUCAAUUUAAAGAUACAAUGUCUUCAGCUUUCAUUACGAGGCAAUGAUUAUUCACUUAACUGAUCCCCAAAUUAUGACAGAUCUAGGGGUGUUUCACAAAGAUUUGAAAACGGCUUAAAGUCGCAGCACUUAAAAUUGCCUUCAAGUAGUUUCCUCUCAUUGUCAUGAUUGUGUUUCUUAUAUCCGUUGUCAUUUCCCAUUCCAUGUAACCUUUUAAUUUCCUUUUCUCAGUGCCUUGAGCAUGUAAUCAAUGUGGAUUUGGCUCUUAAGAAAUACUCUAUAUUAAAUGCUGAUGCAUACAUGAUAUAUAACAAGCAGUCUCAUUGAUCAAUACACUGUAGUGCACGUUCUCUUUGCAAGAUCUGACCAAUACAGACAUGUCUUAUAUACCUCACGCAACUAGACAGUUAAGAGCGACUCUAGGUCAUACUUAAAUCUUUGUGAAACAACCCCCAGGGGAAAAGAUUAUCAAAGAUAUAUAAGCGGAGCCACGAACUGGCUAUCUCAGCAUAAGGCACCUGAAUCGUCAGAAGACCAAGCCGGUCUUUCCUGCAGGAAUCCUUCAUAAUAUAGCUUUUUUAUCAUCAAUUCUCACAUUUAAUCAUUAACAUGAUGGGACUGCAGGAAAGCUGAAAUGAAAAGACGAAAAGCGCCACUGAAGCAGGAUAUCAGCUAUAAGUAGUGGCACAGACAUCUGCCUAAGGCAUUCUAAAUCUCAGCCUCAGUCAAUUUCUGCUACAAGAGUCUCCAAUCUAUGCAGAUUAUACAGCACAUCACAUAGUAUUUGUUAAACCUCCCCAACUUAAUAGAUGGAAAAAGAACUUGAAUGGUAAUGAAUUUUCCAUGAAAGCUGACAGACACCGUACCUCUCCUCCCUCAAUCAACUUCAUCAUUUCACAUGCAUUAGAUGAGAAACAUUGCAAAUAUGAAUACAAUCUUUUGGUCUACACCAAAUAAUGUGCAACCACCCCAC